AUGACUGAUCCUGUGAUCAUCGAUCGCUACACUGCUGCAAGAGUUUACUUUGGCAGCGUUGUUGGCUUAAUAUCCUUGGAAUCUCUCACUCCCUUCAGUAUCUACACCUUCCAAAGAUACAAUAAGUAUCGGCGACAGGAUCGAAAUGUGUUGCACUGGAGUAUUACUGUCUGGCUUCACAAACUACACAGCUUCCCGCUUUCUCUUCCAUGCUUAGACUGGCACGUUACCGAUGUUGCUCGCUUCACAACUUUUCUCGCCCUUAACUUGGUCUUCAGCGUACAAUCCAACGAGUUCACGGCCGAUUACACCCUGUACGGCUGGCUAGCAAUUGCCAAUGCUGGUCUCGCACUGUUGAUGGCAUCCCGAAACAAUCUGUUCGCAUCCCUUCUGCGUAUUCCCAACCCAGUCCUCCUUCAGUACCAUCGCUGGAUUGGCCUUGCAACAGUUGCUCAUGCAACAGCCCAUGUAUCGUUCAAUAUCCAGCAUUACAUCGAGACAAAACAGGUCACCAACAGCUUCGGAAACCAUCGGAUCCAGGUGGGCUUGAUGGCCUGGAUCGCUCUCGUCAUGCUCUUCCUUACGGCCCUGCCAAUCGUGCGACGCCGCUUUUUCGAGGUCUUCUACUACACUCACGCUCUGUUCCUCAUUUUCGUCGUCGGGGCUUUGAUCCAUGCCUCGCAUGGGCCGGAAUUCAUGCUCCCAGGGCUUUUGCUCUGGGGCAUAGAUCGAGCAAUCCGAUUGGCGUACAAUUUUCGCAACAUCCAAGUGCAGAGUGUUGAGGCAUUUGAAGGCGACGUAACAAAGUUCAAGGUCAAGGGUCUGAGGACUCGUACUCCCGGACAGGUUGUCUGGCUUCAAAUCCCAAGGGUGUCCUUUGUGAACUGGCAUCCAUUCACUGUCGCCAGUGCACCGAAUGAUCCCGAGAAGACUACGACAAUCGCCGUCCGAGGUCUUGGGGGCUUCACUAAAGCUGUACAGUAUGCUGACUGCAACAGCGAUGUUAAUCAGCAUGGUUGUGCUUCCUUGGACUCGAACAGCAUCAUUGCUCAUCCGCUCAAGAUGCGUCUUGACGGCCCAUACGGUGUUGGGUCAGUAUCCUGGGGCUUGCUGCCGGUGACGGUCCUCAUCGCCGGUGGCAUUGGAAUUACGCCAGGUAUCAGCAUUGCGUCUCAUAUCAUCAGAAAAGCAGCUAUUAAUGUAGGCAGUCAUUCUAUGUCUCACAUUCAUCUUCUCUGGGUCGUCAGAGAUGCUCAGCAUAUCCAGUGGUUCGCAGAUGAACUUACUGAACUUGUUAAGGAAUGUGCAAAUCCAGAUUCGCCAGCAACGCUAGACAUAUCUAUCUUUGUCACUGAUGGAGCGCACAGCGCGGUUCACAUGAGCGAGCCAUCUCACGAAAUGCAGGGCAUGAGCUCUCCGCCACCUUGGUCUAUCCAUUUGGGGCGACCAGAUCUAAAGCAGUGGUUCGGGCAGCUCAAGUCUAAGCGUCUUGGUAUGGAUACAGCCGUGAACUUGUGUGGACCAAGAAAACUUCUCAAGCAAGCUAGAGCGGCUGCAUGUGAUGUUUCUGACAGAGAAGGGUUUUUCUCUUUACAGGAGGAAGUGUUUGAGCUAUAG